AUGUUAUUUCAUCCAAAUAAACUUGAAUUAGCAAUAACGGGAAAUGAUGAACGUGUAUCGCAUUGGCGUUGUUUAUCUGGUCAUACACAUCGUUCAUAUUCAAGUUCCGUAUUAUGUUAUUAUAAAUUAUCAACAUCAGAAAAUAUAAAUUUAUGUUGUUCAUUUGAACAUUUAGUAACUGUAUGGAUUGAUACAAUAAAUGAUUUAAAUGAAGAAUCUCGUUAUGAAUAUUCACGUUGUUUUGCUCAUAUUGAUCGAAAAAAUCCGGUUGAACAUGUUAUUUAUAAUUGUGAUAAAAUUCUUGUUUGUCAUAAAACAUUAGUCAAUUUAUGGAAUUGUUUAAAUGGACAAUUUAUUAAAUCAUUUUCAUGGCAUGUUCAUGCUUUUGCUAAAAAUCCAAGAUCAUCAUUUAUUGCUUUAUUUGAUAAAAGUUUUCUUCAUUUUUAUUCAUUUUCGGAUGGAAAAUGCCAUUCACGUAAAGGUUCUUUAUUUCGACGUGUUACAGCAGCUGCAUAUAUUCCUAAUGAUAAACCAUCUUCAUUUGUUCCACUUUAA